GCACCUAACCUUACCUCAUAAAGUAAUAUACAUACAUGUAAUUUAAAAAUAAAUUAUCAUUCCUUAAAAUGCGCAAUGAUUAAAGCAACUAGAAGCAAAAUUACGCUCUCCGAUAAAGAAUGACAAAAAUAAUUUUAGGUGGUGGACUCUCUGGUCUCUCUGCCGCUUAUUACUUAGGAAAACAUGCAAGGGGUGAAAACAGUAUUCUCUUGGAGUCUUCAAGCCGUUUAGGAGGUUGGAUAAAGUCAAAUCAAGUAGAAAAAAAUGUAAUUUUUGAGCAGGGUCCUCGCACUAUCAGGCCCAGAGGGGCUCCAGGCAUUAAUACUCUAAAUUUACUUGAGGAGCUAAGUUUACAGCCUGAUGUUCUUCCUAUUCAUCAAACUCAUAUAGCAGCUAAGAACCGUCUUAUAUAUGCUAAUGGCGACCUACAUUUAUUACCGAAUUCUCUUUUGGGGAUGUUUACCACCGAAAAACCUUUCAGUAAACCCCUGAUAAUGCAAAUUUUAAGAGAUUUAUCUGCUAAGCCUAAAAUAACACCAGACGAGAGUGCUUAUGAGUUUACAAAGAGGAGGUUUGGCCCAGAGGUGGCAGACUAUUUGAUUGAUACAAUACUGUGUGGGAUUUGUGCAGGCAGUUCAAAAGAAAUUAGUGUAAACUUUAUUAUGAAAAAAUUAUUUAAUUUUGAACAGCAACAUGGUGGAGUGAUUAAGGGGGUUGUAAAAAAUUUAUUUAACCAACAGGAUCCACUACCACCAAGAGGUUUAUUAGCUUCAAAAGCCCAAAAAGAAAAUUGGAGUGUGUACACUUUUAAAAAUGGAAUGGAGACACUCCCAAUUGCUUUAGAAAGUUUUAUUAGGAGACUUGGGGAGACAAAUAUAAAAUUAAAUGCCAAAUGUAAAGAGUUAAGGUUUACCAGUAGUGGGGCUGAAGUGUAUUUAGAAAAUGGAGAUAAAUUUGAAGGGUGUCAUGUAAUAAGUUCCCUCUCAGCAAACAGUUUGGCCCCAUUAAUUCAAAAUGAACAUUCAGAGCUCAGCAGCAAAUUAUACAAGAUAAAAACUGUUUCUGUGGGGGUUGUAAACCUUAUGUAUGAAGGAAAUUUUAUUAAAAAACCUGGAUUUGGUUUCCUAGUACCACCCAAAGAAAAAUUACCCAUAUUGGGUGUGAUUUAUGAUUCUUGCACACGCAACCAAACAGACAAGACUGUCUUAACUGUGAUGAUGGGUGGAUACUGGUUCAAAGAACUCUUUGGGGACAAUCCAGCUAAAGAAACCCUACUUCAAGUUGCAACAGACAAUAUUAAGUCUAUACUUGAAAUACCAGACAAACCACUAUUAAAUAAUGUUAAUAUUUUAAAAGACUGCAUCCCUCAGUAUGUGGUGGGACAUGAAAGGAAUUUAGAAGAUAUUUAUUCAUAUAUAAAAGACAAGAACCUGCCACUAUAUUUGUGUGGAGCCUCUUAUAAUGGGGUAGGGGUUAAUGAUGCAAUAUUAUUGGCAAAGGUUGCAGUAGAAAACAUAAAAUAGAGGGAAAGUGGUGUUGUAUAUGAUGUUAAAGUUUAAGGUCCAAAUAAAUAUGUUUAUGUUAA